AUGGGACGCCUGGUGUCUCCUCUGGACCUACGCUUUUCGACCUUCACGGAAGAUGAAAUUAGAGACGCAAAUAAAUUAUUUGAUGAGAAGUCUGGAACGCUUAGCGGAAAGUUUGAUAAUAAUUUAACCGAAUCAAAAAUUGCGACCAUCAACUGUGAAUAUAACGUACUCAAGAGAGAUUUCGAAACGAAAAGGAAUGAUUGUGAAAUUCAUGAUGGGUGCGUCGAUUCGUUGUCAAGUACCAGUGAACAACCAGUCAGUUGCGACAAGGACAGAGAACAUGCAAACGUUAAAAUGGGCAAAGAAUGUGAAGGAUGUCCUAACAGAAGAACAAUUGGACAAUUGCAGGCACAGUUUGGGAAAUUGUGCAGAAUUGGUUCCCUGGGAGGCAAUGCGUGGAAAACCACGGCCCCCAAAUCGUGCCGUUCUGUACACCCGCACGCUAUACCCAAGAAGGAUCAUCAAUUAUUGAAAGUCAUACAACCGUUUGAUACAUUUGAAGAAAAGUCUCGUAUUGCAACCUUGAUUAAUUAUAAAGUUCUUGAUAGUGAUCCGAAAGAAAUAGUUUAUUAUAUAACAUGUGUUGCUGAAUUUGGCUUUGAUCAUAUAAUUAUUAUUGGGGAGACCGACUAUGGAAUGAUCUUUUUAGAUUGUUAUGGUCGUGUAUUUCUGUGGGAUGAUGAGAGUCAAAUGAUAUGGCCAUUUGGUAAUUCUCCUGAAAAAGCAUCGAAACGCUCAAUUAAAGGGAAAGAUCAGUUGGGAUGGUUUGUAAUGAAUGGAAUUGUAUAUGAGUAUUUUAGGAAAUGGCAAGAUGCAACCUCGAAGAUUAAGGAAAUCUGGGGUUAUGAGAGGCUUCAAUUUGGAGAUUUUGAGGAUGAACGUAAUGCAGAACUGGAUGAUGAUGAAUCUGAUGGAGGCAGCGUUUGA